AGGUAAGACAGUCACGCUAGCUUGUGAAAUCGUUGUUACAUAUAGGUCGUAGUCCACUGUCUGAGAAAUGGCCGAUAGAUGCUGUGUAAUUAAGUGAAAUAAUGGUUAUUGUGAGUCUAACGUCAGCAGUAAGUUAGAUCUGUCUGUGCUGUGCAAUUGUUCAAUUUAUCAGUACUAUUAAAGACAUUCAUUAUACAACACAUGGCUGAAGCAGACACUCAGGAACUGUUAGAAAAUGUUAGAUGAUUUAAAACUGCUGAAAAUGGGCUACCUUCUUUUCUUAUGCAAGUGGUUUUCACCCCAACUGUAGACUACCUUCUGUUGAACAAUUGAACCGUUUUGUUCGCGAAAUAUGUACCUAUAUUUUUAGACAACUGAAUAUAUAUAAUUCUUCUUUAUUCCAUUAUUCUUAAUGACUUAUAGAUUACAGCCAACUUAAUCACCUUCUCAUACCAUUAUAGUUUAUCUUUAGCUGAUGACUGUGACAUUCCCCUCGCUCAGGAUAAUUGCUCCAUUGGCUCCACAAUAAUGAAAUUGCUGAAGUCCAAAUUCAAUCUGAAUAAUGGAUGACAAAAGCCAUCUUUAGUGCUAAAUAUAUUCUAAAUCACAGCACAAAGUCCCAAAACUAUUUUGUUUAACUGACUGUGGAUAGCAGGAAGCAGAUUAAAGGUCAGUUGAUCAGAUAUAGGUCUACGCCAGACGUUUUCAGAAUUUAAACAAGUCCAGACACCUUUCUGUGAGGCACUAGCCAUUAAUUGUGAGAUCAAACAGUAGGGAAGAUUAUGUUGAGUGACUGGUUUAUCUGUCCUCCAUUCACAGUACAUUUCUCCUCUCUCACUCUUCUCUCCUUUUGGUCUUUUUCUGCUGCCUUCAUUGUAGAUAAGGACUGGAAUCUGCCUGCCAGCAGCCUGUCAGUGGGCAAAGAACCUGGUCCCUGUCAGAAAGGCUGAGAGAGAGGGACAGGAAGGGACCGGAGAUUUCUGACACAUAGAGCUCACCUGUUUAGUUAAAUGUGUUUGAGUGAUAAGGCGUCGUAAAAUGAGGCUGGUACUGCUCUCCUGAGUGACGGUCUGAGUGGAUUACGUGGGCACAAUUUGGGCAAAGUUGGCAAUGGGCAUGGCUGUAUCAUUGGGAUGUUUUGGUCGCUCUCUGCGAGAAUCGAGUCAGCUGUGCCCUCGCCGCUUUGCCAGAGCAUUCCAGCCAAUCCGCUGUCACCCUGCUGAGACAGAACCGCAACCGUGCCACUUCCCCCGUCUCAACGGCCACUCUAAGUCAGAGCGCCCCACGAGGGACUCAGCCAUGGGCUACGACAGCGCCUCCGUGAUGAGCAGUGAACUGGAGUCAAGCUCCUUUGUUGACAGCGAGGAAGACGAGGACGCUAGCAGGGGUGCUGCUCUGCGGCUGACCCUGUGCUGCUCCCAACCUGCGGUACUCAGCGGUUCCACAGAGCAGAGCUCGUCCUCUCAGCUGAUGCGAAGACACAAGCGGCGCAGGCGGAGGCACAAAGUGGCCAAAAUUGACCGGUCUUCUUCUUUCAGCAGCAUCACAGAUUCCACCAUGAGCCUCAACAUUAUCACUGUCACACUAAACAUGGAGAAGUAUAACUUCCUGGGUAUCAGUAUUGUGGGGCAGAGUAACGACCGGGGUGAUGGAGGCAUCUACAUCGGCUCCAUCAUGAAGGGGGGAGCUGUAGCCGCAGACGGCCGGAUAGAACCAGGGGACAUGCUCCUACAGGUCAAUGAUGUUAACUUUGAAAACAUGAGCAACGACGACGCCGUGAGGAUCCUGAGGGAGAUCGUCUCCAAAACAGGUCCUAUUAGUCUGACUGUGGCCAAGUGCUGGGACCCAUCUCCACGAAGCUACUUCACUAUCCCCCGGGGUAAGACACUCACCGAUGUUCCACCAGCAACAGCUGAACCUGUGAGGCCCAUUGACCCUGCGGCAUGGAUCUCCCACACAACCGCUCUGACCGGACCCUACCCUCAUUAUGAAUUUGAUGACUUGCCACUAUCUGCCAGUAAGACGGACAUGGCAACCAUCGUCAAGGUGAUGCAGUUGCCUGACUCUGGUCUGGAGAUCAGGGACAGGAUGUGGUUGAAGAUCACCAUUGCAAAUGCUGUCAUUGGAGCUGAUGUGGUGGACUGGCUGUACUCCAGAGUGGAGGGUUUCAAGGACAGGAGAAACGCCAGGAAGUACGCCAGCAGUCUGCUGAAACAAGGCUACCUGAGACACACGGUCAACAAGAUCACCUUCUCAGAGCAGUGCUACUACACGUUUGGAGACCUCUGCCAAAACAUGGCAUCCCUCAAUCUCAAUGAGGGUUCCAGUGGUGGGGGCUCUGAGCAAGACACCCUGGCACCCCUCCCUCCCCCUGCCACCAACCCAUGGCCCCUCGGGGGCCAGCCGUUCCCCUAUCCCCCCUUCCCCUCGGCACCCCCAGGCUUCCCUCCCGGCUACUCCGAUCCAUGCCACAGUUUCCACAGUGGGAGUGCAGGCAGCCACAACAGUGAGGGGAGCAGAAGCAGUGGUUCCAACCCCAGUGCUGGGACAGGGAAGGGCCCUGGCCGACGCUCCUCCCCUCAGGAGAAAGUUCACAGGUCAACGUGCAGUGAAUCUGAGCCACCAGGCAUCCGAGGGGUCAGGCGCCCCGGCGACAGGUCCGCCAGCCAGCUGAGUCAUCACAGCAGCCACGCCCACUCCAGCCACAGCCACGCCCGUUCGGUUUACAGCCACGCCCAGUCUCACAGGAGUCACUGUCACUCGCAGAACAGCCAUGCCCACAGCCACGCCUCGUUUACCUACAAACACGCCCCGUUCACCCAGCCUGGGCCUGGCUCGUGUGGCCUCAGUGAGCGAAGCCACGCCUCCUCUUACGGCCCACCAGGACUCCCCCCCCCUUACUGCCUGGCCCGGCUGGCCCCAAAAGCCUCCAUCAGCAGCACCCCUCCCGGGGCCCCUCCGGUCAGAGAGCUAGGAGCCGUCCCCCCUGAGCUCACGGCCAGCCGCCAGUCCUUCCAACACGCUAUGGGCAAUCCCUGUGAGUUCUUUGUUGACAUCAUGUGACAGACAGGACAGUGCCUUCUAAAAACUUGCCGAGCACAAACAGCUACCCCCGUCCAAUGGCCUGACGUCCCUCCCCCUGUCUGUCCCUCUUCUCUCCCCUGUUGGCCACUGACUAUCCCGAGUUAAGAAUGUAGACACUGGUCCUCUCCCCUCCCUCUGCUGUCACAACGGCCCUCUGAUUUCCAAGCAGGGGAGGGCAGGAGACCAGAGCACAACAGAAGACAGUCCUGGUUUCACACAAACUGACCAGAGCCCCCCUGCCAGCUCCUUUGUAUUGACGUGAUUUGUACAGUUUGUGAAAUGGAUGUGAGUGCUGUUCAUUGUGGUAUUCCACACAGACCAACAGUCCAGUCCUGAGAGUGUGUAGUUACUCAUUAUGGAGGACAACUACCUUCUGUUUAAAAAAGCAAACUUUCACAGCCAACUGACUGGGUCUGGAUCUCAAUCCCCCAGACCCAUCCAGACCCAGAGUUCUUAAUGAGGGAGGCCCAAAUAGAAACUCUGGACUCUGGGCAAACCUCCUGACUUGUCACCCUUUACACAAAUUUCUGCUGUUUGGCCAAUCAUAAGGAAAUGCCUCUAACUGACUGACAUGCUUUCUGAUCCGGUAUGCAGGGGAACAGUGUCCUAUCUAACUAGUCAAAGGUAGCCUCUGUCAAAAUGAUUAGUUCAGCUUCAUAACGGAGGCACUGUAACCAGUUGUUAGUUUAACUAUAGGCUGUUUACCUGCAUGAUUGUCUCAGCUGCUUAAAAAGGAGAAAACGUCUUCAAACGUCACCUAUUUUAUUUGGGUUUGUUUUGUAUUUGAAAUGGGGAGUUGUGCCUCUCACCAACAGUCUGAAGGAAGAAUCCGUACACUGGAGAACUGCUGUGAUGUUGUUUCUGUGGUCAUGAUGUUGCAUUGACGGUCCGUGUCACACCUCGCUCUCUCUCUGAGGGACACAGAGACAAUCAGACCCUGUCUGUGGCCCUGUAGCCCUCUUAGCUGUGUUCGUCCAGUGGGCCGCUAUUGACCCCCACAACACAGUCAUGUCGUAAAACCCAUUUUAAAACGGCGAACAGGGUUGCAAAGAGUGGCCGUCCUCUGCAGGUGUCAUUCAUUAAAGACAACCGGGUUGCAUUCAGUGGGUGGAUGUCCCCCUGCAGUCGUCCGUGUUGAGGGAACAGAGAUGACGAACGCUUCACACGGUGAGGUGUCAUUCUCUACAGUAAAUUUUACACAGGAUAAUGUCUGAUGAAAUUUCAUCCCUUGAUUCUGAAAUCCUUUUAUAAUCCGUGAAGCUGUGUUUAAGUCAACAACACAGAAAUGGUGCCAAAUACCUUUCUGUCGCAGCCUACUCCUAAAUAUUUGAGCACUUUUUAAUUAUCUCUCUCUUGCUCUCUGUCUCUUUUUCUCUCCAUGUCCUCUCUCUUCUUUAGUAUGAAACACUGUUGCCGAUCAAAGCUUUGUCCUUUGUUUUGUUUCUUUUACAAAAAGAGGAAUAAAUUGUACAUAUAAAUGUAU